AUGAGGAAAGCACUUGAUGAUAAAUUUUCUUUUUAAAAUAAUUCAAUUUUUCCACAAAUUAGAUUGAUUUCUUGUAAAUUGUUCAUUGAAAUAAUAAGAGUUAAAUUAUUAAUUAUUUUAAGAACUCACUCUUUGAUAAUAGAAAUAUAAACAAAUAAAGAAUAUAUCAAUGAUAUACAUAAAUCAUCUUCAAUUAGGCAUCCUUUUCUAGAUAUUGAUGGAAUUUUUGUUUAAGCAGAUGAAAACAUCCUAAUCCUUAAGUUUUUUGAUAAUGUAAAUCUGUUUUAUUAUUAUGACUUAUAAGAAGAUAAAGAAUUCCUAGAUUACAUAUAUUCGUCAUAGAUCCUUGAAAUUAAAAAAUUCAAUACUACUCAUUAUCUAUUAUUUACAAAUGAUAUAAUUAGUAUUGGGAUGUUUGAAUAUACAAUAAAUUUAGAUACUGAUUUAGAUUUAAUUGAAGGAUUAACUUUAAUUGCUGAGAAUAAAGUAUCAACAGCAGAGAUCACAUUAAUUCUGAAGACAUAAACCAGUAAGUUUAGUUUAAUUAUAUAUAUAUAAUUAGUAACACUGUUUCUUAUAGAAUUUUAUAUUAGGAUUAAGAAGAAAUAAAAACAGUUGAAAAGAUGA